GAGGAGGUCGGUGCAGGGACCCAUGGAACCAGUGAUCCACACGUUUCCUAGUUCACGAUGCGCUUUACGGAUCCGUUAAGAUGUUCGUGUUACCAGAUCAUCAGCUGUCUGUUCGCCUUCCACUUUUACGACUCAAGCUUCGCACAGGAUCCUUCGUGUUGCCAACACGCGGCUGAGCACUCUGUGUGUAGAGAAGCAUGCGAGCAGCUGGGGACCAUAAAGAGCGAGUCCCGUCUGAAACACCUGCUCCUGCGGCUGCCCGGCUACUGCCCGGUGUCCAUGAAUGAAUUGUGGAUCUGCGUCAACUCCACUCUUCCAGGAGUGUCCAGGAGGUCUGACGGCUGGGUCGGCCUGGGCUGCUGUGAGCUGGCCAUGUCAGUGGAGUGUCGCAGGGAAUGCAAGCAGGCCGCAUCCAAAAAUGACAUAACAAAAAUAUGCAAGAAAGAUGCAGAGAAACCUCUUUACAGUUGCAUCACAAAAAACGAAAUGGGCUCCACGUGCUGCAGCUACGCGGGCCGCCACACCACCUGCAGGGAGUACUGCCAGGCCAUCUUCCGGACGGACUCCUCGCCCACGGUGUCACAGAUCAACGCCGUCAAAGACUACUGCCAGAGCCACAGUACCCAGCUCAUCGGCUGUGUGGGCAACUACACCAAGUCGUACCCCAUCCGCAACCCCAUCGACAGCCUGUACUGCUGCGACCGGGCGGAGGACGCCCACUGCCAGGUGGCGUGCCGGCGGAUCCUGCGGACCCUGAGCACGGAGCAGGAGAUCAUGGAGGGGCUGAUCGAGCAGUGCCGCUCGCAGCCACUGCCCCAGGACCCCAUGUGGCAGUGCUUCCUGGGGAGCGCGCAGCCCCCCGCCAAGCCGCACGAGGAGCCCCUGCCCCCCGCCAAGAUGGACCGGGCCAAGCUGCACUGCUGCUCCAAGGCCAACACCUCGCUCUGCAGGGACAUGUGCCAGAAGGUGAGCACCAACUGGGGCAGCCAGACGUGGCAGGAGUUCCACCAGCUCUGUGAGUACAAUGUGGUGGAGACGCAGCUGAUCGCCUGCCUGGCCGACGUCCGCGAGCCCUGCCAGCUGGGCUGCACCGGCCUCAGCUACUGCUCCAACUUCAACAACAGGCCGACUGAGCUGUUCCGCAGCUGCAGCGUCCAAUCAGACCAGGGUGCUAUGAAUGACAUCAAGCUGUGGUCCAAUGGGACGAUCAAGAUGCCCUUCAUGAACAUCCCGGUCCUACACAUCAGGAAGUGCCAGCCGGAGAUGUGGACAGCGGUGGCGUGCGCUCUGCAGAUCAAACCCUGUCACAGCAAGUCGCGGGGGAGUGUCAUCUGCAAGUCGGACUGCGUGGACAUCCUGACGCAAUGUGGGGACCUGAAGCGCUUCCACCAGGGCCAGACCCCCGAGAGGAUCUGUGAGCUGCUGUCGCCCGUCGACGACCCGGAGAGCUGCAUCCCCCUACACAGAUACCUCAACCCCAGCUCCCUGGCCCACAGCGCCAGAGGGGAGGUCACCCACCCGUGUAACCCCAACCCGUGUCCCAGCAACCACCUGUGUCAGGUCAACCGGAAGGGUUGCCCUGACGACUUCAACUGCCAGCCCUUCUUCUGUGUACCAGGCUGUAAACUGGGCGACGCGUCGGACUUCCUGGUCCCGAUGGACACGCGGCUGCAGGUGCCCGUGCUGAGCCCGGGGGCGGGUGGCCAGGCGGACUGCUUCGAGGUGUGCGUGUGCGGGGCCAGCGGCCGCCUGGAGGACUGCAAAGAGAUGCCCUGUGUGGACACCAGCAAGGCCUGCGUGGUGGGAGGGCAGAGGAAAAGCCACGGGACCCCCUUCAGGGUGGACUGCCACCCCUGCUCAUGCUUCGCGGGGGAAACCAUCUGCUCCAGCAGACAGUGCUACAGCCCGGACAGCUCGGACCAGGAACGCCAGCGCUUCACUGGUCUGCCGUGCAGCUGUCCUGACCACUUCGUCCCGGUGUGCGCUACGAACGGCCGGACCUACCCCAGUGCCUGUGUGGCGCGCUGCAUGGGCUUCAAGGACCACCAGUUUGUCUACGGCCACUGCCGUCUCAACGAGCCCUGCUCCUCCAAGCCCUGCCAGAGGAACCAGAGGUGUGUUCCAAAGCGCCGUGUCUGCCUGAGCGACGCCACCGACUUCCCCUGUCGCCAGUACGAGUGUGUGGUCCGCCCGGCGGGCUGUGACAGCCAGCUGGACCCUGUGUGCGACACGGAUGGCGUGGUCCACACAAACCUCUGCAAGCUCCACCAAUCAGGGAAGGCCAUGGCAUACAUGGGCCAAUGCCAGGAGGACUGCAGGAAGCCGCAGCCUGUCUGUGGGCAGAACAGUGAGACCUACAACAGCGUGUGCGAGGCCUUCUCGGACCGCGUGGCCGUGGACUAUGAGGGCCCCUGCCACGCCGUGGGGGCGGGGGCAGACUACGCAGUCGGCUCCGGCUGUGACCUGGUCACCUGUCCACCACCGUCCCACCCGCACUGCGUCCCGGUCACCCCGCCUGGAGCCUGCUGUCCCGUGUGUGCCAGCGUCCUGCGGGUCCUCUGGAACCGAGAGCAAAUGAACGUCUUCGCCAAGUUGGACCGUGACCGGCCCGUGACGGUCCAGGACGUGCUGCAGAUCCUGCGUCUGCACGUGUCGGUGCCGCAGUGCGACUUGUUCGGCUACCUGAGCAUCGACCACGAGCUGGUGGUGGUCAUCGCUCACCUGGACGACCGGCCCACCCGCCUGCAGGUGGAGGCCUGCAGCAAGGAGGCGGAGAAGAUGGACUCGCUCAUCAACUACGGAAGCCCCACGCUGGUCUCCCACGCGCCGCUCUCCUCCUUCCUGUCCGCUGAGACCAGGGUGCCUGUCCUGCACCCGUCUGGAGCCACCGCCUGCUCCCCGCCCUCGCUGCUCAGCGUGUUGCUCCUCCUGGGACUCCUCCUGUCCAGCACCAUGUGACCGUCCUCCUCCUCCUGGGACAUGUAACCGUCCUCCUCCUGUAGGCCAUGUGACCCUCCUCUUCCUGUAGGCCACUUUACCCUCCUACCCCUCCUCCUCCUCCCC